GCCCAUCUCGGUGUCAGUUGUCUGCGCGGCUUUCAGAUAGCACAGCGCCCAGAGGGAGGGCAAGAAGACUGCUCAAAGAUAAGCGGCGUAGUCCACUCGAAGGAACACGGAGAACUCAAGUGCUAUGCUGGACUCUCGUCAGAAUGGGAGAGCAUCAAACUUACGUGAAGCUCAGUGAAGACAAACUCAUCCCCAAGUCUGACAUCCUGUUGCUGCUUCGCACUUACAACUGCUACCAUGAAGGCAAGAACUUCCAGCUGAGGUCUCGCGAGGAGGAGGAGUGGGGCCUCAUGCUGGAAGGUUUGCUGAACAUCCACUGGGGUCUACAUCGGCCAAUCAGACUACAAAUGUACGAUGACAACGAAAGACUGCGCCCCAGCCGGAAUAACAUGUCAGCAAUUUCAAAGGCGCGAUCAACAGAGUCGAACAAUAAUUCACUGAGCAGGGAAAAUGGACCUGGAGAGGUGGAGGGGGAGGGGGUGCUGGAGGAAGAGGAGUCUCCACAGCUGCCGAGGACCAGAAGCGACGCUUCCUUCAUGCACGUCCAGAGGAGGUCGAGGACAAACACCGCCAGAGACCUCCAGCGUUUACGCACACACAGGUUCUCCAUCAACGGACACUUCUACAACCACAAGACAUCUGUGUUCACUCCGGCCUUUGGUUCAGUGACCAAUGUACGAGUAAACAGCGCCAUGACGACAGUACAGGUCCUUAACAUGUUGCUACAAAAGUUUCGGGUGGAAAAUAAAUCAGAGGAAUUUGUUCUUUAUAUGGUCCACGAGUCUGGCGAGCGCACCCAAUUGCGGGACAGCGAAUACCCGCUGGUGACUCGAGUGCUUCAUGGACCUUGUGAGAUGAUCUCCAAAAUCUUCAUCAUGGAGGCCGACCUGGGAGAGGAAGUCACUUACGAUGUUGCCCAGUACAUCAAAUUUGAGAUUCCGGUUUUGGACAGCUUUGUGGAGAAGCUAAAAGAGGAAGAAGAGCGGGAAAUAAACAAACUGAUAAAAAAGUACAUUGCAUUGAGGUCAAUGAUUGUCCAUCAGCUGGAGUGCAAAACUCACCCCUGUGACCCAGUAUAAAGAGGAGCGUGUGUGUGUGUGUGUGUGUGUGUGUGUGCGUGUGUGUGUGUGUGUGUGUGGAUAGUCUUAUUUAUAUAUUCACAAUUUGUAUGACACAUUCUUACUGCUUACUUGUGUUUUUGUUAUGUAAUAUGAUCGUAAUGUUUUCUAUGACUUUUAUGUAAUAAAUCAACUGUGUGGCCUUAAA